AUGAAAUGGUCGAAAAAAGAUUAUAAAAAAAGUCUCACAGACGACGACGAUUCGUCCUCUCCCAUGGCUUCUCCACUACUGAAGAAGCUGAUCAUCUUAAACUUUCUAAAUUUCCUUUCCUCCACCAUCAUCGUUGACUCAUCAGAACCACAGUGUCGGCAUUAUACAUCGAUCAUCAGCUUCGGUGAUUCCGUCGCCGACACCGGCAAUUAUGUACAUCUCUCCGACGUUAAUCAUCCUCCUCAGGCCGCCUUUCUUCCUUACGGAGAAACCUUCUUCCAUUCUCCCUCUGACCGUUACUCCGACGGCCGCCUCAUCAUCGAUUUCAUUGCCGAAUUCUUGGGACUACCGUACGUACCGCCUUACUUUGGAUCCCAAAACGUGAGCUUUGAGCAAGGGAUCAAUUUCGCAGUGUAUGGAGCAACAGCUUUGGAUCGCUCGUUUCUUGUUGAAAAAGGAAUCGAGUCUGAAAUCACAAAUGUUAGUUUAAGUGUUCAGCUUAACAUCUUCAAGCAGAUUUUACCUAACCUCUGCGCCUCGUCGUCUCGUGAUUGCAGAGAGAUGCUUCGAGGCUCGCUGAUACUAAUGGGAGAGAUCGGAGGGAACGACUAUGAUUACCUGUUUUUAGAAGGCAAAAGUAUCACUGAAAUUAAAGAGCUUGUUCCUCUAGUCAUCAGAGCUAUUUCAUCUGCGAUUAUGAAUUUGAUCGAUUUGGGAGGCAAAACAUUUCUGGUGCCUGGAAACUCUCCAAUUGGAUGUUUCUCCGCACAUCUUACUCUAUUUCAGACCGCGAAAGAAGAAGAAUACGACCCUUUAACAGGUUGUCUCACAUGGCUCAACGAAUUCGGAGAGUACCACAAUGUACAGCUUAAGGCAGAACUGAAACGACUCCAGAAAUUAUACCCUCAUGUCAACAUCGUUUACGCCGACUACUACAACUCUUUAUACCGGUUUUUCAAAGAACCAGCCAAAUACGGGUUCAAGAACAGACCAUUGGUUGCUUGUUGUGGAGCUGGAGGUCAAUAUAAUUUCACUAUUUAUCAACAGUGUGGUUACGGAGGAGUUAGCUAUUGUCAAAAUCCAUCUGAGUACGUGAAUUGGGAUGGUUUUCAUUUCACCGAAGCCACACACCAGAAGAUGGCUCACGAUAUACUCAACGGUCCCUACGCAACUCCUACUUUCGACUGGUCCUGCCUUGGCUCUGCAUCAAAGCUUAUCUUAAGCUUUCUACUUCUCUUUUCCUCUAUCACCAUCGUUGCCUCAUCAGAACCACUGUGUCGGAAUUAUAAAUCGAUCAUCAGCUUUGGUGAUUCCAUCGCGGACACCGGAAGUUAUGUCCAUCUCGCCGACGUUAAUCAUCUUCCUCAGGCAGCUUUUCUUCCUUAUGGAGAAACCUUCUUCCAUUCUCCCUCCGGUCGGUACUCCGAUGGCCGCCUCAUCAUUGAUUUCAUCGCCGAAUUCUUGGGACUGCCGUACGUACCGCCUUACUUUGCAUCCCAAAACGUGAGCUUCGAGCAAGGAAUCAAUUUCGCAGUGUAUGGAGCAACCGCCUUGGAUCGUGCGUUUCUUAUGGAAACAGGAAUUGAAUCUGAUUUCACCAAUGUUAGCUUAAGUGUUCAACUUAACAUCUUCAAGCAGAUUUUACCAAACCUCUGUGCCUCGUCUUCUCGUGAUUGCAGAAAGAUGCUUGGAGACUCGCUGAUACUCAUGGGGGAGAUUGGAGGGAACGACUUUAAUUACCCGUUUUUCGAAGGCAAAAGUAUUAAUGAAAUCAAAGAGCUUGUUCCUCUAGUAAUCAAAGCUAUAUCUUCAGCGAUUGUGGAUUUGAUCGACUUGGGAGGCAAAUCAUUUCUGGUGCCCGGAAACUUUCCACUUGGAUGUUUCCCCGCGUAUCUUACUCUAUUUCAGACUGCGAACGAAGAAGAACACGACCCUUUUACAGGUUGUAUGCCACGGCUCAACGAAUUCGGAGAGCACCACAAUGAACAGCUGAAGACAGAACUCAAAAGACUCCAAAAACUAUACCCUCAUGCCAACAUCAUUUACGCUGACUACUACAACUCUAUGUACCGGUUUUUCCAAGAACCAGCCAAAUACGGGUUCAAGAAUAGACCUUUGGGUGCUUGUUGUGGAGUUGGAGGUAAAUACAACUUCACUGUUAAUGAAGAGUGCGGAAAAAGAGGAGUCAGCUAUUGUCAAGAUCCAUCUGAGUAUGUGAAUUGGGAUGGUUAUCAUUUAACCGAAGCUACGCACAAGAAUAUGGCUCAUGGUUUACUCAACGGUCCCUAUGCCACUCCUGCUUUCGACUGGUCUUGUCUUGGCUCUGGUACAAAAAAGGAAGAAAAAGUUCACAGACGACUAUCUCUUGCCAUGGCUUUUCCACUGAAGAAGCUGAUCAUCUUAAGCUUUCUACUUAUCUUUUCCUCCACCAUCAUCGCGGCUUCAUCAGAAACACCAUGUCGGUAUUAUAAUUCGAUCAUCAGCUUCGGUGAUUCCUACUCCGACACUGGCAAUUAUCUCUAUCUUUGCGACGUCAAUCAUCCUCCUCCGGCCGCCUUUCUUCCUUACGGAGAAACUUUCUUCCAUCAUCCCUCGGGCCGUAACUCCGAUGGCCGCCUCAUCAUCGAUUUCAUUGCCGAAUACUUGGGACUACCGUACGUACCGCCUUACUUCGGAUCCCAAAACGUGAGCUUCGAGAAAGGCAUCAAUUUCGCGGUGUAUGGAGCAACCGCCUUAGAUGGUGCGGUUCUUGCCGAAAAAGGAAUUGGAUCUGAGUUGACAAAUGUCAGUUUAAGUGUUCAGCUCAACAUCUUCAAGCAGAUAUUACCUAACCUCUGCGCCUCAUCUUCUCGUGAUUGCAGAGAGAUGCUUGGAGACUCGCUGAUACUCAUGGGACAGAUUGGAUCGAACGACUAUUACUACCCGCUUUUCCAAGGAAAAAGUAUCAGUGAAUUUAGAGAUAUAGUUCCUCUGGUCAUCAAAGCUAUUUCUUCUGCUAUUGUGGAUUUGAUCAAUUUGGGAGGCAAAGCAUUCCUGGUGCCAGGACUCGAUCCACUUGGAUGUUACCCGCCGUAUCUUACUCUGUUUCAGACCGGGAAAAAAGAAGAAUACGACCCUUUAACAGGUUGUCUCACAUGGCUGAACGAAUUCGGAGAGUACCACAAUGUACAGCUUAAGACAGAACUCAGGCGACUCCGGAAACUAUACCCUCAUGUCAACAUCAUUUACGCCGACUACUACAACUCCUUAUACCGGUUUUUCAAAGAACCAGCCAAAUACGGGUUCAAGAACAGACCUUUGGUUGCUUGUUGCGGAGUUGGAGAGUGUGGAUACAGAGGAGUUAGCUACUGUCAAAACCCAUCUGAGUAUGUUAAUUGGGAUGGUUAUCAUUUAACCGAAGCCACGCACCAGAAGUUGGUUUACGGUAUACUCAAUGGUCCCUAUGCAACUCCUGCUUUCGACUGGUCCUGCCCUGGCUCUCCAUCAGUGGAUAAGGAGUACUUUUUCAGCAAACCACCGUGUCGGCAUUAUAAAUCGAUCAUUAGCUUCGGUGAUUCCAGCGCCGACACAGGAAAUUUUAUCCGUCUCUCAGACGUCAAUCAUCCUCCUCAAGGCGCCUUCCUUCCUUACGGCGAAACCUUCUUCCAUUCUUCCACCGGCCGUUACUCCGACGGCCGCCUCAUCAUCGACUUUAUCGCCGAAUUCUUGGGACUUCCGUACGUACCGCCUUACUUCGGAUCCCAAAAUGUUAGCUUGGAGAAUGGGAUCAAUUUUGCUGUGUAUGGAGCGACAGCCUUGGAUCGUGCGUUUCUUGUCGAAAAAGGAAUUGUAUCUGAUUUCACCAAUGUUAGUUUAAGUGUUCAGCUCAACAUCUUCAAGCAGAUUUUACCUAACCUCUGUGCCUCGCCAUCUCGUGAUUGCAGAGAGAUGCUUGGAGACUCACUGAUACUCAUGGGAGAGAUUGGAGUGAACGACUAUAAUUACCCGUUGUGCGAAGGCAAAAGUAUCAAUGACAUCAAAGAGCUUGUUCCUCUAGUCACCAAAGCUAUUUCCUCUGCGAUUGUGGAUUUGGUCGACUUGGGAGGCAAAACAUUUCUGGUGCCUGGAAACUUUCCACUUGGAUGUUACCCCUCGUAUCUUACUCUGUUUCAGACCACGGAAGAAGAAGAACUCGACCCUUUUACGGGUUGUCUUCCAUGGCUCAACGAAUUCGGGGAGCACCACAAUGAACAGCUUAAGAAAGAACUUAAACGACUCCAAAAACUCUACCCUCAUGUCAGCAUCAUUUACGCUGACUACUACAACUCUAUGUACCGGUUUUUCCAAGAACCAGCCAAAUACGGGUUCAAGAACAGGCCUUUGGGUGCUUGUUGUGGAGUUGGAGGUAAAUACAACUUCACUGUUAAUAAAGAGUGUGGAUAUAGAGGAGUUAGCUACUGUCAAAAUACAUCUGAGUAUGUUAAUUGGGAUGGUUAUCAUUUAACCGAAGCUACGCACCAGAAGAUGGCUCAUGGCUUAUUGAACGGUCCCUAUGCAACUCCUGCUUUCGACUGGUCUUGCCUUGGCUCUGCAUCACCCGAUAAAGAGUAUCCUUUCAGCAUUUAAAGCUCAGAUUUUUGUGGAAACGGCAAGAGAAGAAAAUAUAGGUGGUGAUGAUUAUUAACAACAAGAAUAAAACCAGAAAAGGAAAAGAAACAAGAAGAGGUUGCUUGUACGGCAAAGUUUUGGUACAAUCAAGGAUAAAAACAUCAAAGAGAGCAUAUGUGCCAACCAUAUUCUAUCUGAUGAUGGUAGAUGCACUCCAGAUAUAAUCUUCAUUAGUAUCUAAUUUUUUUUUUUUUUUUUAUCAUAAGUGUGAAGAAAUUGCUAUUUUGAAUUGUUUAAAACUAAACAUGAUACUAAAAUUAUUUUCAGAUCUCCUUAGAA